AUGGAGAAACAUACGACUUGUCUCCAAUCCAAAAUCCUCUGUUUCUCUCUCUUCUACCUUCUCUCCGUCGUCUACCUCUCUCUCUCCUCCUCCAAAUGCACUCUCCGGCCACCCUCCGCCUCCCCGCCUCCCUUCUCUUACCCUCCCUCUUAUGGAGAGAACAAGCAUGCCAUUCCCACCACACGUUCAUCUUGCAAUUCCCCUGUUUUUUUCUCAGAUUACUCGGUGGUUUUGAAGAAAAUGGAGGCAAAUUUGAUGAAUUCGACGAUUUUUGGUGAGAGGUCUUUGAGGUAUAUGCAGGGGAAUGGUGAAAGUUUUGGUGGGAAUUUGAGUUUGAAGGAAAGAUUGUCUCAUUUUGAUCAAUCUGAUUAUGGGAAUGAAAUCCCAUGUGGUUUCUUCAAGCCAUUUAAAAUCUCUUAUUCGGAUCGAACUACGAUGGAGAAAUGUAACGGGGUGGUAGUAGUCACGGCUAUAUUCAACGACCAUGACAAAAUCCGGCAACCUAGGAAUCUAGGGCCAAAAACCUCGGACCGUGUGUGCUUUUUCGUGUUUGUAGAUGAUGCAACGAUUAAGGGUUUGUAUUUGUACAAUGUGAUUUCAAGCCAAACUAAGGAGAACAAGAUUGGCGUGUGGAGCAUUGUUAGGGUUUCGGGUGAGGGUUUAUACAAGAACCCUGCAAUGAACGGGGUGAUACCGAAGCACUUGGUUCAUCGGCUCUUCCCAAACACAAAGUAUAGUGUUUGGGUGGACGCGAAGCUCCAAUUAACUAAUGAUCCACUACUUUUGAUUGAUGCCCUCAUUGUGGGCCCUGGUGUCGACAUGGCCCUCUCGAGGCACCCUUAUUUCGUGCACACGAUCGAGGAGGCCAUGGCGACAGCGAGAUGGAAGAAGUGGAGGCAUGUUGAUGAAUUGAGAAUGCAAAUGGAGACUUAUUGUGAGAAUGGUUUGCAACCUUGGCACUCAAACAAGUCUUAUCCCACAGAUGUUCCGGAUACUGCUCUGAUCCUGAGGAAGCACGGUGCAGCCUCAAACCAAUUCUCAUGUCUUCUUUUCAAUGAAUUGGAGGCAUUCAACCACAGGGAUCAACUGGCAUUUACAUUUGUGAGGGAUAAAAUCACACCAAAAAUUAUCAUAAACAUGUUUGAGGUUGAAGUUUUUGAGCAAAUUGCUAUUGAAUAUAGGCACAAGCACAACCUCAAAAACUAUGUGGGGCCCAAUGUGACCCAAAGUUUGUUUGGCUCUGCGGGUUUUGGUAAAUGUGAAGGCUAUGUAAUGAAGAUGUUGGGCAAAAAUUACAUUAUUGAAUGAUUUUUUUAUUGUUUGUUA